ACUCGCCGAUAUCCCAACGGUGUAUUGCCGCAGCCAAUCCGAAGACGGCAGUUAAACUCCAUAUGCUAAUAUCGGCCGUUUAUAUAGCAAACGGAGCACGUCGCCUAUAAAAGACGCACCCGCAACCGCUCCACAGCAGUCUGCACGAAAAUGUCGCAACAGACAGAAAAAUUGCCGAAGCUCACAGCAUUACUGCUAUUGGUUGUCGUCGUUGUCGUCGCGCAGACGACACGACACACCGCCGAAGCCGCCACUACCAUUUGCGAACUCGCCGACAAUACAGAUGACUGCAUGGAAAACGCUAUGCACCCGGAUUUUCCAACGAAACACCAACACAACGGCAAGGCCUACAGCGAACCGGAGUACACGAGCGACUUUUGGCUGCAGCGCAGCAAGGAAUUCGUACGCCAGCAAGCGAGUGCGCGACGCAAUAAGCGCGUAGCUAAGAAUGUUAUACUCUUUCUCGGCGAUGGCAUGGGUUUGACAACGUUUACGGCGGCGCGCAAUAUGCUCGGUGGACCCGAGAAGCAGCUAUCAUUUGAGAAAUUCCCCUAUACCGGCUUCUCGAAAACGUACUCGGUGAACACGAUGGUACCGGAUUCGGCGUGCACUUCCACCGCUUACUUGUGCGGCGUUAAGGGAAAUCACGGCACGAUCGGCGUUAAUGGGCGUGUCGAGCGCACCGAUUGCGCGGGUAUGGCGAACGCGGAUAAUCACGUGCACUCGAUUGCGAAGUGGGCUCUGGACGCUGGUAAGUCCGCCGGUCUCGUGACCACAACUCGCGUAACGCACGCCUCACCGGCCGGUGUGUACGCGCAUGUGGCAGAUCGUGAGUGGGAGAAUGAUGCGGUGUUGGCCGAUGAUUGUGGCGCCGAUUCGGGUUUGCCGGAUAUUGCGCAACAGCUGAUAUACGGUGAAGUGGGCAAGCAACUGAAGGUGAUCUUCGGCGGUGGCAAGCGUGAGUUCUUGGACACACAGUUCUAUAAGAAGGGCAAACGUCAGGAUGGACGCAAUUUGAUUGCAGAGUAUUUGGAACAGUCGCCGGAUAAUGCUUUUGUCGAGACACGUGAGCAGUUGCUCAAUUUGAAGUUGGAUUCUUACAAACGCGUGUUGGGUCUCUUCGAGCGUUCGCAUUUGGAAUAUCACUUGGAUGCCGCAGAUACGCAACCGACUCUGAAGGAAAUGACCGUGCGCGCCAUUGAGAUGCUGAAGAAGGAGGAUGGUGGAUUCUUCCUCUUCGUCGAAGGUGGACGCAUUGAUACAGCACAUCACUCAAAUAUGGCGCAAUAUGCUUUGGAUGAGACGGUGGAGUUCUCAAAAGCGAUCGCCGCAGCGCGUGAACUGACUUCGGAAGAGGAUACGCUCAUUGUUGUGACCGCAGAUCAUUCACAUGCGUUCAGCUACGCGGGCUAUCAGGACCGCGAUAGCGAUAUUUUCGAUGUCGCACCAGCUGAGGGCACCGAUGACACACCCUACCUAACGCUGAGCUAUGCCAAUGGUCCCGGUUUCGAGGAUUACUACAACACGGAGAAAUUCAAGCGUCGCAAUCCACAAAAAGUACGCGCUCAAGUGAACAGCUUUCCCGCCACAGCACCGUUGGAGAGUGCUACACAUGGUGGUGAAGAUGUUGCCGUUUUCGCUUCCGGUCCGUGGUCACAUCUCUUCACCGGCGUUUAUGAGCAAAAUACCAUACCGCAUAUGAUGGCGUAUGCUUCGUGCGUGGGCGAUGGUUUGAAAGCGUGCUAAAUGAAGUUACAUAUGUGAGUUAAGUUGGUUGUGAAAAGUGAAAAUUUUACUAAAAAUUAUUAAAAAUAAAUUAAAGGAGAA